AUUCGACCAUGUCCAAGCUGGAACUGUUCUACGACAGCGUUAGUCCACCGGUUCGUGGUGCCCUUCUGACCAUUGCGGCCUUGGGAAUCGACGACCAAGUGGAUCUUAAACUGGUUCGCCUCUUUGCCAGAGAGCAUCUUCUGGAAGAUUUCGUCAAACUAAAUCCUCUGCAUACGGUUCCGGUUCUGCGGCAUGACGAUCUGGUCCUGACCGAUAGCCAUGCGAUCGUCAUGUAUCUGUGCGACAUCUUCGGCCAAGAUGGCGACUUCUCUUUGAACGAUCCCAAGCAACGAGCACGUGUGCACAAUCGGUUGUGUUUUAACAAUGCCGUGUUGUUUCAGAGAGACUCGGCCGUUUUGAGAAACGUAUUCAACAGGUCGAUAGUGACGGUCGAAGAUCACCAUUUGAAACCCAUUCAGGAUGCUUAUGACUGCUUGGAGAUAUAUCUGACGGACAACAAGUUUGUCGCAUGUGACAAGCUAACCGUGGCGGACUUCCCAAUAGUAGCCACUCUGAGCACGGUGGAAAAUGUCUGUCCGAUAUCCAAGGAUCGAUGGCCAAAGAUGAACGCGUGGUACGAAACCAUGCAGAAGUUACCCUACUACCAGCAGGCGAACCAAGCCGGAUUGGACAAACUGAAGGAGAAGCUCUUUGCAGUAAUGAAGAAGUAGGGUUUCA